UUGACCUGACACCAUUAAACUGUUCCGGCGGUUUUCAUACCGCAUCGAUCUCCGUCGAUAAAUCCACUCGGUCCGGUCUCCGUUUCUUUUGAAUAGGAGGAGAAACAAAGAGGGACGAAUAGCAUAGAGACAGAGAAGGCUAUGGAGGUAUCGACGGCAAUGUGGACGGCGGUGGUGGUGGGGGCGGCUGCGGUGUACUGGUUCGUGUGGGUGAUGGGUGCGGCGGAGGUGAAGGGGAAGCGGGCGGUGAACCUGACGAUGGGGUCGAUCACGAGGGACAAGGUGCAGGACAAGUACAAGCAGUACUGGUCCUUCUUCCGCCGCCCCAAGGAGGACAUCGUCGCCGCCUCCGACAACGAUGAUGUCCCCGCCUUCGUCGACACCUUCUACAACCUCGUCACCGAUAUCUACGAGUGGGGCUGGGGCCAGUCCUUCCACUUCUCCCCCUCCAUUCCCGGCCGCUCUCACCGCGACGCCACCCGGCUCCACGAGGAGCGCGCCGCCGACCUCAUCGCCGCCCGCCCCGGCCGUCGCAUCCUCGACGUUGGCUGCGGCGUCGGCGGGCCCAUGCGCGCCAUAGCCGCCCACUCCGGCGCCCACGUCGUCGGUAUCACCAUCAACGAGUACCAGGUGGCCCGCGCCCGCGCCCACAAUCGCAAGGCCGGCCUGCACGAACGCUGCGAGGUCGUCUGCGGCAACUUCCUCGAGAUGCCCUUCGACGACGCCUCCUUCGACGGCGCCUACUCCAUCGAGGCCACAUGCCACGCCCCCCGUCUCGAGGACGUCUACCGCGAGGUCUUCCGGGUGCUCAAGCCCGGCGCCCUCUACGUCUCCUACGAAUGGGUCACCACCGCGCUGUACCGGGCCGACAACCCCGCCCACGUGGAGACCAUCCGCGGGAUCGAGCGGGGCGACGCCCUCCCGGGGCUCCGAGCGCACCACGAGAUCGCGGAGGUGGCGCGGCAGGUGGGCUUCGAGGUGGUGGAGGAGCGGGACCAGGCGUUGCCCCCGGCGGAGCCCUGGUGGACGCGCCUCAAAAUGGGGCGGAUCGCCUACUGGCGGAACCACCUCGUCGUCUCCGCUCUCGCCGCCCUUCGGAUCGCCCCAAAAGGCGUGGUGGAUGUGCACGAGAUGCUCUGCGAGACGGCACGACAUCUCAGCGACGGCGGCGAGACCGGCAUCUUCACCCCCAUGCACAUUAUCCUCUGCCGGAAGCCUCUCGUUCCCGCCUCCUAAUCAAUUAAUCUCCUGUUCUCCUACUUCUGCAGUUGUCAUCACAGCGUCUCUCUGCUUUUAACUUGUUAACUUCGUCUUCAUCUCUCAGUGAUGUGUUUCGAUUCUUCCCAUUUCUCGUUUGAUGAAAUCUUUGUGACUAUUACUUUUUCA